AGCUUUUUUGAAAGUUCCUCCCCCGCAGGCAGUUCAGUGAAAUUCCUUCACUGUUACAUUGUAAACAGAAGAAAUACAGCUUUAUCAAAUUGUGACAAAGAUACACUUUUGAUGUUGUCUACGACUAUCUUUACUGCCUUCACAUGACCUGAGUGCACCUGACCCAUGUGAAGGAGUAGGGGGAGAGAGAGAGAAAGCGGAGUCACACCACAUACCACAUGCCAUGGCAGCUUUCACCAGUACCCCGAAAGUGAAUUCCGGGAGUGCUCCUCACCACGGGUUCAGGGUGGAGAGCCCAGCGGAGUGUGACUGGAAGGACUGUGACACUGGAGGCAGCGAGAGGUCUAGAGGACACCGCACCAUGCUGGAGAAGACCCAUGACUUCUUCCAGACCUGUGACAUUGAGGACAAGGGCUUCAUCACCCGCCGGGACAUGCAGAGGCUCCAUGGAGAGUUGCCCCUCGGUGCCGAGGAGCUGGAGAAUGUCUUUGACACCCUGGACUCUGACGGCAAUGGAUACCUCACCCUGGAGGAAUUCUCCUUGGGCUUUAGUGAGUUCCUGUUUGGCCGGAGGAUCUCUGCAACAGAGGGGAUGGCCAGCCCCAUUGCCAAGGAACCCACUCAGGGCCCUCCAGACUCCCUGUACCAGACCCAGUGGGAGGAACGGUUGGUGGGCAGUGAGGACGAGGAGGAGAAGCACUUCUGCAUGCUAAUGGAGAGCUUGGGAGCCAGCAACGUCUUUGAGGACCCUGGUGAGGUGCGUAGUCUUUGGGCCCAGCUGAGGAGGGACGAGCCGCACCUCCUGUCCAACUUUGAGGGGUUCCUGGCCAGAGUAAUUUUACAGAUCACAGGGGCCAACCAGGAGAGGAUGGAGAUGGAGAGCGCCCUUAAAAGGAAAUCAGCAACACAUGACGAUGAGAUCCAUCGCUUAUAUGAAGAAAUGGAACAGCAAAUGAAAAAGGAAAAGGACAGGAUCUUACUGCAGGACUCUGAGCACUUCUUGUCUAAGAGUCAGGAUCUGGAGCAUCAGCUGUCCAGUAAGGAAAGGGAGCUGGAUCAGAUCUUCCAGAAACAAAGGAGGUGGGAGUAUCAGUGCCGGGAGCUGCACAGCGAGCAACACGUGACCAAGGUGGAGAACGUGGCACUGAAGCAGACCAAUGAGGAGCUGGCCCAGGAGCUGGAGCACACCAGUCAGGAGCUGAGCCUGGCCCAGGAGCAGCUGGUCCUCCUGCAGGAGCAGUCCUCACACCUGAACCAGGAGAGGGAGAUGUACCGGGUCACAGAGGGAUUGCAGAGGGAGCGAGCGAGCCUGCUGAAACAACUUGACCUGCUGAGGGAAAUGAACAAGCACUUACGAGAUGAGCGAGACAUGUGCUCUUAUCAAAAACUGAGGAAUACUGUUAAAAAUCCUGCUUGCAACCUGAGACCUGGAUCAAAUACUCUGAAUCACUUUGACACAAAGGCCUUUAGUGAGGAUGAGGAGGUAGUGCUCCCCCAAUCUAAGAGGAAGAGUCCAGGUGGAGUGAAUGGCUACAGCCUGGAGGACGUGGUGGAUUCCAGACCCCUCCACAGACCCCUCCAGAGGAUCAUCUCCAUAGAGGAGGACCACCUACCCCAGCUCCUACAGGAUAACUACCAGACUCAGCUCUGGGAGUGGCAUGAGGAGGCCGAGGAGGAAGAGCACAUAGAGCUACAGAUGACCUCUAUAAAUCCUCCCAGUUCUCCUCCAACAAUGGAGCAGCAGCAGCCAGUUGACACCAGAGAGACAGAGAUGCCUACAUCCCCCAGGGGCCAGCCUGUCGGAAAGGAGACUAUGGGGAAUGAGGAGGGUGCAGCGUUGGCCCCAGACCGCCUGUUUAAGAUCGUCCUGGUGGGCAACUCCAGUGUGGGGAAGACCUCUCUCCUCAGGCGGUUCUGUGAUGACUGCUUUUACCCAGGCACCUCUGCCACCGUCGGCAUAGACUACAGUGUGAAGACGAUACGGGUGGACAACAGCCAGGUGGCGCUGCAGAUGUGGGAUACAGCAGGACAGGAGAGGUAUCGCAGCAUCACCAAGCAGUUCUUCCGCAAGGCUGACGGUGUGGUAGUCAUAUAUGACAUUACUGCUGAGCAGAGUUUUACCGCGGUGAGGCAGUGGCUGACCAGUGUACAGGAGGGGGCUGGCGAGGACAUUCCCAUCAUGCUGCUGGGGAACAAAAUUGACAAGGGGAGUGAGCGGAAGGUUCAGACGAGAAUGGGUGAAAAAUUAGCCAAGGACUGCCAGUUGAUUUUCUACGAGUGCAGUGCUUGCUCUGGACACAACGUGGUAGACUCAAUGGUAAAUUUGGCAAGAAUUCUGAAAGAACAGGAGGACAGAGAGAAAGAGAAGACGAUCCAUCUGGUAAACAGCCCUUCACAGAAUAAGAGGUCCUGCUGCUAGCAACUUAGCAACUUGGCUAUUAGUUACUGUCUUCACAACACCAUAGUGUACUCACGUGUACCUGUUCAGAUGUUCUGUACAUUUUAACCUCCGGUCCUUAGGAACUCAAGGAUCUAUAGCACAAUGCAGUUGAAGUCGGAAGUUUACAUACAUCGUAGCCAAAUACAUUUAAACUCCGUUUUUCACAAUCCCUGACAUUUAAUCCUAGUACAAAUUCCCUGUCUUAGGUCAGUUAGGAUCACCAC